CACAACUGGAGCUGUCCUGAAAAGAACGAGAACAUGUUUGCACCCUCUCCUGUUGCCAUCUGUAUCCUCUUGCUGUGUGUGUUGUGAUCAGAGUGAGCUUGGUUGCCAUCUGUUGUAGGUGGCAAUUCCAUUGAUGUCAAGAUAUGCUGUAUCUUAGUCCUAGAUUCUUCCUCACCUGCUUGGGUUCUCUGUCCCGAGAGCCAAGAAUUCUAGUUCCUGCAAUGAGUUGCGUUUGGUGGUCAUGUAAGGUAGGAGAUGGUUGCCAUGCAGUGGCAGUCGCCCAGAGUUCCUCGUCUUCGCUCUCGGAGCAGUCAUGGAGGUGGUGUCUCCCCUCACCACUCAUCUCCUCAACAAAUUUCAGAGUGACUCCGUUCCAUCAGAGUCUUCUCCGAGCAGCAGGAUGAGCCCUGCAGUCCUCUUCAUCGUUGUCGUCCUCGCGGUCCUACUCUUCAUCUCCGGUCUCUUGCACUUUAUCCUCAGAUGCUUCAUCAGGAAGCGCCACCCUCGCCCCUCCUCAUCCCGCUCCGCCCCGGAGCUGUCGGGCUCCGACGCGCUCCAGCAGCUGUUCCAUCUCCACGACUCCGGCGUCGACCAGGCCCUCAUCGACGCCCUGCCCGUCUUCCUGUACAAGGACGUGGUCGGCUCUAAGGAGCCGCUCGACUGCGCCGUCUGCUUGUGCGAGUUCGACGGGGAGGACGAGCUCCGGCUGCUGCCCGUCUGCGGCCACGCCUUCCACCUCAGCUGCAUCGACACGUGGCUGCUCUCCAACUCCACCUGUCCGCUCUGCCGGGGGUCGCUCUUCCUACAGGGCAUGGCUGUCGAGGACCCGGUGUUCUUCUAUCUCGGGGACUCGACUGACGAGGGAGAAGCUUCUCCUGCGGAGAGAGCGGCGGCGGUGGCGGCGGCGGACGAAGGGGACGAGAUUGCGGCCGACAGGAGGAGAGUGUUCCAUGUGAGGCUUGGCAAGUUCAGGAACCUGGGCAAUGGAAACGUUGGUGGUGACUGUAAUGAGGACAAUAGCAUCGCCAUUGGCAGUGUGAGAAGAGAGGAAGGGGAGACCAGCAGCAGUAGCUUGACUGCAAGGAGGUGCUUCUCCAUGGGCUCUUAUCAGUAUGUGGUUGCUGAUGCCCAAUUGCAAGUGGCUCUCAAGGGCUGUUCUGCUCUGAGGAAUGGAGAUGGAAGAGGAAUCAGAGGAACUGAUGCAAGAGGUAAUUCUCCAGGAAAUGAGGCUGUGGAGGGCGAAAGACUAAGUAUUGGAAGCAGGCACGAAAGCUUCUCAGUGUCAAAAGUCUGGCUAUGGUCUAAUAAGAAGGGAAAGGUCUCCAUGUCUUCAGAUACUUCUGCUUUGGAUACAAACUCGCCAUGGAAGACGAGGAAGAGUUUUCUGUUGAUGGUUGAUGAACAAAAGAUAUUAGUGGGAUCAGAUAAUGUUCAACACUUGUGGUUCUUGUGGUGUUCAAUUCUUGGAAGGACCUGUUGGCAGAUCAUUGAUCCAGACUGUCGUCUGUGGAGAAUGUAUGCAUCCUUCUCCUUGAAAUAUCCACUUCAUACAAAAGCUUAUGAUUUUUUUAGGUUCCAAAGAAUGAACUUCGAAUUCUUUUUUGAAGUUGCAUUUUAUUUUGUUCAUUCCAAAAAAUAAGCAGAGAUUAUAAAGUCUAGAUAAGAUUCUGCCAAGUAUAUCAAAACCAUGUUCUCGCAAUUGGAUUAAUAUAGACAAUUAGGUUAGUUGCAUUACUUGCAACAACACAGUGUCCAAACAUGAAAACUAUUAUAUUUUGUGCUGUUUCUCUUCCAUAGAAUGAGAAUCCAUAAAAGCUUGUUAGUGACUUCCUGUCACAAGACACAGUUCGAGUUUGGACAAUAUUGGGGCGGUUGUAUCGUCGGUCAUGUAGUUUCAAUUCGAUCCUCCUCUGUUAAAGCACUAAAGUAGACCAUUUUUUUUCAAAGGAUCUCUGCAAUGUGGAAAGGAUCAAAUACAUCUAUUUGAGCUGGAAAUGAAAUGGUCAGCCACCAACUGCUGAACUGGCUUCCAUCUGCUUAGCAGACUGGAUUCUUGCUAUCCAAUAUAGAUGGAGAUGCUGCCAGUGAAGUAGAAUGCAAGACUCCAUAUAAGUAAUAGGCCAUUGUCUGAUCACCACUAUGCACCAAGGAAUCAGAUAGUAACAAGGACCUGACCAUAAUGAUUUAUUUGGUAUUUGGCAAACUAUUGACAUACAGUUCCUAAAGAGGGGCUACUUAUGCUUAGAACUGUACAGAUAACAAUCCAUCCCACUCUGGUUUUUACUGAUGAUGAGGCUGCCCAAUAAACAGAAGGGCCAUUUGUUAUCCUCUGACCUUUCAUCUUAUGGGGAAAAAGUUCACAACUGUGUCUCUUCCAUUUGAUGACAGCAGAAGAUGAGAAGAUGGAAGUUUUACUGGUACUGUGGGCAAGGGCACAUGUUUUGAUGAUGCUGCUAUGUAGACAGAGGCUUCAUUCUUCUACAAGGCUAAUCUGCAUUGGUGAAGGCCAAAAUCUUCUCAAAGAUACUGUUUGAUCUUUAGGAAAAGCUAAAACUGGUUCUUUAAGAGUGAAACAUUCUUGGAACCCUGAUCACAUGAUACCAUUUUGACAUGGAGGUUUUAACUCAGCAUUUCAAAGUCUUGGACAGACCAAAUUUUUGCUCACCUAGUCAAAGUGUCUUCAUCAGAUGGCAAACACAAUUCAAUUACCAAUUAGACUGCACCCAAGACAGCUGAAGGAAAUAAAAACACAGGAUCACAAAGAGCAUUGGAACUACAAAUUUACAGAACCAUUUGGAUUUCUCUUACAAAACUAAGGAGGAAGCUUCUUACAAGUUUCAACAAGUCAUUCCACAGUUUCUUGGUUCUUCCCCCAUUUUAUAGACAUGUGAAAGAGGAAAGAGACCACAUAUGAACUGACAGAAAAUUUUCCAUGGAAGAGAAGGACAAGAAACAAUUGCAGUGGCCAUCUAGUAGUUGCCAUAACCACUGUAACUACUUCGGUUGCGCAUGCCAUACUGCUCGUAGAUUGGAUCCCCAUAAUUCAAAGCUUUGAUCUCCACUGACCUCCGCUUGCUAUCCGACUCCUGAACUGCUCCAAACACGAUCUCAUUGGUUGUUUCACAGCUCUGCUCGUAGUAAGUCUGAGGGCCCGACGAGUACUGCCUGUGCUGUCGAAGGUGCUGCCGUUGAUGUACCUGUUGUUGCUGCUGCUGCUGUGCUUCUGUGCCCCACCCGGAAAAAUAAGGUGGUGCAUGUCUGAUGUGGUGGAUCUUUUCUGGCUCCUUUGACAUGAAUGCGUAAGUCUUGUGAGGUGUGGGAGCUCUCGUCUCCAGUGGUGGCGGUAUCUCAUCAUCGGGGAUGACAAAGCUCUCUGGCACAGGCCAAGCAUUCACUCUCUGCUGCUGCUGAUAUUGUACAGCUUUUGGCUUCUUUCUGAAGACUGGGAACACUGCACCAAAGAUUGCUGCUGUUGAUGACCAUGUUCCUGAUAAAAGCUUGCCAAUUGAGCUGAAGAGUCCUUCAUCUGUGUUCUCUGCUUCAUCUCUGGCAGGGAUAAGUGGGGGUCUUAUAGAUGGUUUAACUGGUAUCUGAUGUGGAGGCAUGCUUGCUUUUGUAGGGGUUACAGAUUCCUGUACAAAAUUUUUUCACUUUUGGUAAACAGAAGGUUCUAGAAAUGGUUGGAUCCAAUAAGCAUUUCAUUAGUACCUCAGAAGUUUCUUUUUAUUCAUCUCA